UAACAGCUUCUUGAAAAAAUCUACUCUAGUCUUCUCCCUUUCAGUUAAAUUCGUUGCUGCUGAAGACUUCACACGGCGGCGAUGGCUUUAAUCUCUGAAACUACUGACGACGGCUCCAACGGCGGCGAUCCAAGCAAGAAUCCGCAACAAGUAGAGAAUCAAAACGAGAAUCCUAAAGAAGAAGAUCAGAAUCUUGCUCCGGUUACUCUAUACAUUCCAGAAGGACUCGCCGAAAGCAUCCUCUUACUCGUCGAGAGAUGUAAUUACCCGAAGGUAUCUCUCUUCUCAAGAUUCUUUCAUCACGUCAUCUCUUCGCCGGAACUCUACCAAAGGCGCUCGCAACUCGGCCUCACCGAACCUGUUCUUUACGCUUCGAUCCGAUUCCAUCUUAAUAUCUUACCGAGCUGGUUCAUUCUCAACCGUAACGUUCCAAGAAAGAUCUCUUUACGGCUGACCGAACUCCGUUCACUUCCUCCUCUGAAGCCUGGAGCUGCUAUGGUCACAAUCGGAUACGAGAUGUAUGUGAUCGGUGGAUGCGAUGAAUCAUAUGAUCGGCCCACAUCGGACGUGUUAGUCAUCGACUGCAGAUUUCACAAGUGUCGCUUGCUCCCGGGAAUGCAGAGGGCUCGCAACUCCGCAGCCGCCGGAGCAAUUGACAGAAAGAUUUACGUGAUCGGAGGUUGCGAGCAGAGAGAUGAUAAUUGGAUCGAGGUGUUCGAUGUAGAGACUGGGAUUUGGAGUAGUGUUGCUGGUCCAUACGAUCACAACUCUAGUAUGGAAGAAGGAGCGUUUCUGUCAUAUGUGGUGAUGGAAGAGAAGAUUUACAUGUUGGAUCCUGAGUGUUGUUUUUACGAACCAAGACAAGGUACAUGGCAGUCAUGGGGACCGGCAAGUCCAUUAUUGAGAUAUUGGGACCAGUCGUCUUGUGUGGUUGAGGAUUCGUUGUAUAGUAUUGAUUCUUGUUCUGUUUCGGUAUAUGAUCCGAAUGAGUUGUAUUGGAGACCUCUGAGCGGUGUAUCUGGUUUGCCUAGUCUCAAUUAUUAUUAUUGUAAAAUGGCCAAUGUUGGUGGGAACUUGGUGAUUUUGGGCAAUACUUGCAACCGGUAUGGAUUUAAAGAUGUUUGGUGCAUAGAGAUUGCCUUAAAGAGACUUGAAGGAGGAAAGAUUCGGGGGAAGGUCGUAUCAAGAUCGCAUGUGCUUAGAUCCAUGACGUCGCCUUCCAUUGAUCUUUUUCGCUCUGUUACGUUUUGAUGA